AGGAUCCGCUCCCAGAACAUCGUGCCCUGUACCGUGUCGCAGCUGCUGGCAGCCGAGCAGGUCGACGAGACUUUCCGGAUCCGCGACGUGGAGAUCUCCCAGGUCACCAUUAUGGGGAUAAUCCGGCACGCUGAGAAAGCACCGACAAACAUUCUCUACAAAGUGGACGACAUGACGGCAGCCCCGAUGGAUGUCAGGCAGUGGGUUGAUACUGAUGAGGCAGGUGGCGAGAAUGUUGUGGUACCUCCAGGAACUUACGUAAAAGUAGCUGGUCAUCUUCGUUCUUUCCAGAAUAAGAAAAGUUUGGUGGCAUUUAAGAUCAUGCCUCUGGAAAAUAUGAAUGAGUUCACCACACACAUACUAGAGAUUGUGAAUGCGCAUAUGAUCCUCAGAAAAAAUCUUACGUCAGCAUCAAGAAUGCCUCAGUCGUUUUCCUCUGCUGGGAUAGCUGAUGUGGGGGGCUAUGGAGGAGGUGGCAGCCUGCCAGUGAAUGGACUCACUGCGCAUCAGAGUCAGGUGCUGAACUUGAUUAAAAACUGCCCUGUCCCAGAAGGUAUGAGUCUUCAAGAGUUGAAACUUCAGCUCCACAAUAUGAGCAUGUCAACAAUCAAGCAAGCCGUUGAAUUCCUCAGCAGCGAGGGACACAUCUACUCCACUGUGGAUGAUGAUCACUAUAAGUCGACGGAUGCUGAGUGAAGUUACUUCCAGCUGGAUUUAGUUCUAAGCAAAUACUUGUCCAUGAAUCAAGUUAUCCUGCCAAGCCUUGCGACGUGGAAGGUGAUCUUUGCUCUUUCUAGCCUGUGAAAGUCCCAGUUACUCUGUGAGUGCCUCCUUGGAAUUCAAGGACAAGCAGAACGUAUAGGAUUCUGUUAACUGGACUUGAUUAUAUGCUGUGACUGUGUGACUGAAAGCAUAAACAGACAUGGGAA